AUGCCAGCAUACGAGGUCGAGCACGUCUGCAAACUAAGCGACGACCAGAAAGAUCAACUUGCCGAGGCAAUCACCAAGAUUCAUAGUCAGCAGUUCUCGACACCGAGACUCUUUGUCAAUGUCCGCAUAACAGAUAUUUCAGAACAGAGAACUUAUGUGGCAGGAAAGCAGUUCAAGAGCAACCGCAUCUUUGGCUACGUGAGACAUGGCCCAUCAAGAACACAAUCCGACUAUGAUGCUGUAAGCAAGGCACUAGAGGACGAAUGGGCGAGAAUAGUGCCAGGCACAGAGCUUCGGCUAGUCAUGUUUUAUGGAGCUAUCGUUGCGGGCAUGGAAGCUGGAUUGUACUUGCCUCCUGCUGGACAGGAUGCCGCAUGGAUCAAAGAGAACUGGCAAACAUUUGUCAAGAAGGCUGAAGGUGGUGAUGAACACUUUGCCGGGUUGAUAAAGCAGUAUAGUUGA